UUCUGUUCUGCCCAGAAAUAACAGCUGUAGAACUUUCCAUCCCAAGUCUUAGGCUACAUUUGUACGAUAAUGGCCUGAACCGAAGACGCAGAAGACCCCGUUUAAAUGAGCAUUUUCGGGAGGAAAUCUGCGUGCAUAUGAAGACGCAAAAGUGUGUGGAAUUGGAUUGGGUUUACACGGCGUCAGACUCGCCUGCGACGACCUGGUGCAUCCAGAAUUUGACAGAGAAGUCGGGGGAGGAGCUUUACUGCCUAUGAAAGCAAAAAAACAUCAGAGACAAAGAAGAACCUGCCUGGAAAAAAAUGAAGAAUGAACCUUGAAACACGAGUCCAGGGCUGAAGUGCUGCUCCUGCUGCUUUUAACCUGCUCUCCUGCUUCACUGUCUAGCUCGACCAGCAGAAUGGGCUUCACCUGUGACCAGUGUGGGAAGGAGUUCACACAGUCUGACGCCCUUAAAGAACAUAUGAAAAUCCACAGUGUACAAAGCCCAUUCAGUGGUGAUGUGUGUGAGAUGGCAUUUCCUAGAUCGAGCUCCCCCGAAUGGAAACACCUCGCAUCACAUAAGAGAUUCCACACCAGGGAAAAACUGUACGUCUGCGAGGUCUGUGACAAGGCGUAUUAUAUGCAGAGUAAUUUCGCUCAACAUAUGAAUGUCCACACCGGAGAGCGACCGUACAAAUGUGACGUCUGCGAGAAGAAGUUUACUACAACAGGUGGCGUAGUAACACAUAUGAGACUCCACACUGGAGAAAGACCGUACAAAUGUGACAUCUGCGAGAAGACGUUUACUACGUCAGGCAAACGCCUAUUACAUAGAAGAAUCCACACCGGAGAAAGACCAUUCAAAUGCGAAGUCUGCGAGAAGGCGUUUACUACGUCAGGCGCACUCAUAGUUCAUCGGAGAGUCCACACUAUAGAAAAACUGUACAUCUGCAACGUCUGUGGGGAGGCGUUUUCUCGAUCAAGCUCCUUAGUAAAACACAUGAGAUUCCACCCGGGUGAAAGACCGUACAGCUGUAAUCUUUGCGAGAAAACGUUUACUCAUCCGAGUAACCUCGCAAGGCAUCUGAGAGUCCACCCUGGAGAGAGACCAUACAGCUGUGACGUGUGUGAGAAGACGUUUCAACGAUCAAGAUACUUAACACAACACAAGAGAGUCCACACUAGAGAAAGAUCGUACAUCUGCAACGUCUGUGGGGAGGCGUUUUCUGGAUCAAGCUCCUUAGUAAAACACAUGAGAUUCCACCCGGGCGAAAGACCGUACAGCUGUAAUCUUUGCGAGAAAACAUUUACUCAUUCGAGUAACCUUGCAAGGCAUCUGAGAGUCCACCCUGGAGAGAGACCAUACAGCUGUGACGUGUGCGAGAAGACGUUUCAACGAUCAAGCAACUUAACACAACACAAGAGAGUCCACACUAGAGAAAGAUCGUACAGUUGUGACCAGUGCGAUAAGGAUUUUAAAUCCUCUUAUAAACUGAUCAGACAUAUGAAGGUCCACACUGGAGAGAGACCGUAUGAAUGCGACCAGUGUGGGAAGAGUUUUAAUCAACAAUCGCAUCUGAAAAGCCACACCAGCAUCCACACCAGAGAAAAAAAACGUACAGCUGUGACGUCUGCGAGAAGACGUUUCAGCGAUCAAGCUACUUAACACAACACAAGAGAUUCCACACUAGAGAAAGAUCAUACAGUUGUGACCAGUGCGAUAAGGAUUUUAAACGCUCUAAUAGUCUGGUCAGACAUAUGAAGGUCCACAGUGGAGAGACAUCAGAGCAAAAUGAAGAUCCAUAACUUGGGCCCUUCAUAAAUCUCCAACCAGAUUCAGCUCAAAUUUCUGUUCUCAUUCUCAUUGUGUUCAUCAUCUUCUGCUCUGC